AUGGAAAUACUACCAGCAGGAUAUUCUGAUUUUAGAAGUAAAAACUACUGGAAUAGGUUCUUCAAUAUUUUAGAUAAGAAAAAUUUUGAAUGGUAUGGUAAUUUUGAAGAUAUAAAAAACAUUGUUUAUGAAUGUAUAAGAAAUAGAUAUAAUUAUUCUAAUUAUAAUGAUGAAAAAGUUAAUUUAAGUUUGAAAAGUAUAAAUAAAAAUUGUAUACUAAUAAAUUUAGGUUGUGGUAACUCUAAUAUAAGUUAUGAAUUUUUUGAAGACGGUUUUCAAAAUAUUUUAAACUUAGAUUAUUCAGAAGUAGUUAUUGAGAAAAUGCAUAAUAAAUAUGGAGAUAAAAUGAGAUUUAUAAAUAUUGAUAUAAGCAACACGGAAGCUUUUGAUAAAGAAUUGGAAAACUUAAAAAGAGAAAAAAUAAAAAAUAAGAAUGAUUAUAAAAUAUUUUUUGAUAAAGCAUUUUUAGAUGCAUACUUAUCUUGUGAAGAAAAUGAGGAAGAUGUUUGUAAAAAAAAUGCUAAAAAUUAUUUUUCAGUUAUAUUUAAAUAUUUAGAUAUUGGUGAUAUUUUUAUAAUUAUUACAUUAGCUCAAAAUUAUAUAAUUAAGGAAGUUGUUAGAAAUAUCUAUAAUCAAAACAUUAAAUUAGAAAUAUUUCCUUUUUUAAUUAAAAAAAAUACAAAUCAAUUUAAAUAUCAUCCUUUCGUUUUUGCUUUUUAUAAAAGCAAUGAAAAAAAUGAUUUUACUGCAAAAUUUAUAAAUUUAAAAAAAAAUAUUAAUGUUAUCUCAAUAUGGAAAUUGCCUCAAGAAAUAAAACAAACACAAGAACAUUUAGAUCUUCAUAUCUUUAAAAAAGGGAAGAGAAUAACUUUAGAUAUUUUCAAUCAAAAAAUAAACAAAUGCGAGUAUAAUAUAAUUAUUUAUGAUUCAAAUAAUUUAAAUAUAAAAUAUAAUACAGUCCUUAUAGUAGUUCCAGUUGGUUAUGAAUUUCAUUCUUUAUAUUCAACGCCUGAAGGAAAUGAAGAAUUAGCAAAAAAAGCUCAAACAAAAAGACUAUUAUUAGUGAUGAAAUCCAAUUUUUUAGUAACAGAAAAUAAAGAAAUAGAGCAAAAAGAAGAUAUUAAAAAAAAAAAUGAUAUAUGCCAAGAUACUUAUACAGAAAAUACUAAUUUUCGUGAUGAUAAUAAUGUUAACUUAAAUAAUUAUAUAAAAGCUGACUCAAGCAACAAUUUAAAGAUUGACUCAAAUGAUCAUAUAAAAAUAAACUCAAGUGACAACAAAAAUAUUUAUGGUAAUACAAAUCAAGAUAAAUAUUAUGAAAAUAAUAAAUUUUAUUCAGAUGCUAUGUUAAAUAAUAAUACUUACAAUGAAUUAUACCAAGAUAGAAAUUCCAUUAAUAUAUUACUAGAUUCAAUCAAAAAUGAUCUUAAAAAUAUUUUAAAUGACUUAGCUUUGCCCAAUUCUAAUGAUUUUCCAAUAAUGAUUUUAAAUGAAGAUAUAAAAAAUUGCAAAAUUAUUAGUCAUGAAAAAUCGAAUUAUUCUACUAGUAUAAUAAUAAGAGAUGUUCUAAUUACUGAUGAAUUUAUUUUGGAGAAUUUUAAUAGCAAUAAAAAGAUUAAAAAAAAAAAAAAAAAUUCAUUAAAUAUAAAAGAUGAUAUUCUUUCUUUAAUGGAAAAAAAUAAAAAGGAAAAAGAAAUUUAUUUUAAGAAUAAAGAAAUUUAUAAAAGACAAAUGAUAUUUUCAUAUGAUCCUUUAACUGUUCAAUCCGAAUUAAUUUAUACAAAAAAAGAUGGCCAGCAAAUAAAUUUUGAAUAUAUUGAAUCAGCUAGUCUAUAUCAUAUAUAUUUUUGUUGCAGUUUUUUUUUUUUAAUAGAUCCUAACUUUGUUAAGGAGAAUAAUUUUAUAAAUAUAUGCAUAUUAGGAGGAGGUACGAACGUAUUAUCAAAUAUUAUCAAAGAUAUUUUCUAUGAUUUUUAUUUAUCUUUCGAUGUAAUAGAAAUAGAUGAAACAGUAAAAAAGUUUUAUUCAUUAUUUUCUCAUGAAGUAAUACCUAACGAAAAACAUAUAACAAAUUACAUUAUAAAUGAUUCUUAUGAAUAUAUAAUAAAUUUUAAUAAAACUCAAUUUUAUGAUAUUAUAUUUCUUGAUAUAAACAAUUCUCAAAAUUCAUAUCUAAAAAUAGAUGAUUGCAAAUUAUAUAUUACAUGCCCCCAUAUAAAAUUUUUAAAUAAAGAAAUUAUAAUAAAUAUUAAAAAUGUUAUGAAAGAUGAUGGUAUUUUAGUUAUCAAUUUACUAACAAGAGACUAUAAUGCGAGAAAAUAUAUAUAUCAAUUUUUUAAAAUUUUAUUUUCUUCUGUUAUUGUUAUCUCUUCAAAUAAAAAGGAAAUUAAUGAAGUUUUAAUCUGUAGCAAAAAACAUAUAACAAAGGAAAAAAUUUUUUGUUUUAAAAAUAACCUAAUGAAGAUGAUAAAAGAUAACUAUGAUAAAUGGUUUUUAAAUUUCGAUUUGGAGGAAUUUAUAAAAAGUGUUAAAAUUUUAUAA